AUAGAUCCGUCGGGAAACUGUCAGUGAUAAUGAAAAAAUAAAAAGUUUCCGUCAGGAUUCCGUUGGAUAAACGCAAAAUUUAUCCCGGGAAAUAUUUUCCUCAAAUGUUUUGGAUAUUGUGGGAAGGAUUAUUUAAUUAAUUUGGGUUAAAACCACAAAAUCUUUUCACCUUAACCACAAAAAAAAAUUUCCCCUUCUCUUCUCACCCUAGCCGACUCACUUCUUCUUCCUCACCGAUUCACUUCUUCUUUAUCCCGUUUCUCCCUCUUUCUCUCUUCUAAAUCAAAGAUUUUGUUCCUCAUAUCAACCACAACCACUAAACUAUGGACUACGAAGCAUAUCGUUCUGGAAAAAACCGCUCCACCCAAUCUCUUUCCCAUGGCGAUGAGUAUUUUUUUGUCUGCCAUACAACCUCAUCAAAAUCUGUCUGUUCUUUUUUUUUACACAGGUAUAUCGAGGAAAAGAUAAAGGUAAUGCUGAGGAAAAAACUGUUUGGGUUACUAACGCUAUCACAAAAGGAUUUACAGGAAACCCCACAAACCAAGGGUCGAAUCUUUGGAUUAGGAAAAGUUGCAAAAAGACUUUGUGCUUGUUUAUCAUCUUCAUCACCAAUAUAUGAUCGUGAUCCUGAACUUGUUCGAGCCCUCCAAGAGAAAGAUGACCGUAUCGAAGCUCUUGAGAAGAUGAUAGAGAAAGAGAAUGAGAGGAACAAGCUGAGAGAUGAGGAGCUUGCGUCGUUCAUGGCAGAGAUGCGAUCAAAGUUCCCCGUGAAUUCAAGUUCUUAGACUUAUUUUCACAAUAUUUAAGUUUCAUUUUCUAUUUCUUUUUGAUUUGUGUAUAUUGCAUUUUCUUUUUAGGAUGA